AUGCUGCAGCAAUCGGUGGGCAUCCGCGCCGAGCUGCAGGAGGUGGUGACGUCGUACCGGCUGCUCUUCGAGGAGUCUGGCCUUCCGGGCCUGCGCUUCGUACUGGGCUUCCACCUGAACUCGCGACGGCUGGCCUGGCUCGCUCUGUACGCCACCCUCUUCACGCUCACCAUGUGGGACACGCACCGCCUGCUCGCCGAGUACUACGCCUACGAAGACCACGUCAACCAGGAGGUCCUCGAGACGAGGGAGGUCGAGUUUCCUGCCGUCACCGUCUGCAACAUGAACCCGUGGAGGAAGUCUAAGGUGUGCAACGAAGACAGCUUCGUCAGCAAGUCGGCCAAGGCGCUCAUCGGUCAGCUCUGCAACAGCGUCCCCAGGAACGUCGCGAUGGACGAAGAAGACCUGGAAUUGACUCAGAGGUUGAAGACCUGGAUCUCUGUCGAACAGCGCCGCAAUUUGAGUCGGGCCGAGCGCCUGGGUCACCAGAUUGAAGACAUGAUCCUCGAGUGCCGGGUUCAAGACGGAGACUGCCUCAGCACUCACUUGUUGGACCUUCGACUGGUGUCGCGUUAUGGGAACUGCUACUGCUUGGGCUGCAACAGCAGUCGUUUCAGCUGGCAGGCAAUGCAAAUGUCAGAUCCUGAGCAAGGUCUUCAGAUGUCGCUGAACAUGGAGCCCGAGGAGUUCCUUCCGCUGACCGUAGAAGCCGGCUUCUACGUGAUGAUUAACCAGGCGGGUGCUCGGGAAGAGGUCUUCGACAACGCCGUCUACGUCCCGCCGGGAGCUACGACCUACAUCGGCGUCCUAAAGUCGACCUCCAAAAACCUCGAACCACCUUUCAAGAACCCCUGCCAGAAAGAUUGGCCCGAGGAGCUCAAGAAGUACGUCGCCCCGGGAGUAGGGUACACCCAACGAGCCUGUGAAGAGUACUGCUAUCAAGUACACAUAUUUGAGGCGUGCGGAUGCCGCUCGUUCAAGCACAUCAGGGUCCUGGUGCCAAACGUCAUGGCGGUACCAGUCUGUCCCGACAUGCUAAGAGGUGACUGUGAAAGGGAGAUUGAAGCUAAGGUUCACCGGAAAGUUAUCACGUGCAAAUGUCUUACGCCGUGCGUGACUCAUGUAUACCACACCUAUGCGAGCAGUCUCGUUUGGACUAGUCAUCUGGUGGAACCAGAAUAUAGGCUACAGAAAGAAUCGUCCGAUCGCAAGAAAAUCCACGCCAGAAUUAAGGUCUUCAUGAAAUCAACCAAAAUCCUCUAUAGACGCAAGGAACCCAAAUCCACACUGGCCAGUCUGUUCCGGAGCAUCGGCGGCCUGAUGGGCGUCUACCUGGGCUACUCUUCGCUCCACAUUUUUCACGUGCUCGACGUGCUGUUCGACGGCGCCUGGUCCAGCCUCUCCAGGAUCCUGGCGCGAAGGAACCGCACCCGUGAAGCCCGGCGCGAAUUUCAUUCUCGAACCCUUGCCGAUAGAUAUGUACUGACAAGUUAUCAGUCAACUUAA